GUGGCCAACAGUUAACUUUCCGUCACCAUCUGGCUCAUCUGUCAACUGCAUAUGUGACAUUUUACCAUCGUGCAGGCUGUAGUCAUUUGUUUCUUUGUGAUAGAAACAACCAGGGACAAUGGCAAACUUUCUGGUGCUGUUAUUUUCGAUGGUUUUAACUGCAUAUACAUCGGAAGGACGUCUACCAACAUGUCAACCGAAUGACUUCCACUACGAGUUCACUGGGUGUGACAGUAAUGGUGGACGGUGGCGUGUGUCUGUCCCAGAACCAGACAAGUGUGAAGGUGGGGCUCCACCACCUCCUGUCAGGGGCAAAGACUGCAAAUUUACCUGUGAUGCUGGCCAGUUCCUGAACAUGACAGACCAAGUAUGUAAUCCCUGCCCCCCAGGCACUUACUCCCUUGGGGGUGGAGCUCGCUUUGAUGAAUGGGACAAGAUACCCCAAGGCUUCACUGCAGAUGUAGACAAUUUCCUCGACUCAAUUGUACCAGGAAAGGACCACAUCAACUGUACGGACACAGAGUGGAAACCUAAAGGAGAGUUUAUAGCCUCUUACCCAGGUCCGUGUUCAUCCAACCUGGUGUACUCUGUGACCCUGGUCCAGCCAGGAUCUGUGACCUUUGAGUACCAGUACACAGAUUCAGCGUCCAUGUUCCAGUUCAAGGUACAGAACGACCAGUGUCAGUCUGUAGCUGACCAGGAAGCAAGCAGCUGGCCUGGACCAACUAAAGAGGGCGAGUUCAAACAAAUAAAUCUGGUUCUGAAAACUGGACUGAAUGUGAUUAUUUGGAGGACCAUGGGGCUAAACAUUGGAGAUACGAAGACAAAAUACAAACCUGUUAUGAUUCGCAAGAUCGAGGUGACAGGUGUGGCCUACACGUCAGAGUGUACCAAGUGUCGUGCUGGUACACACAGCUCUAAAGAGGGCGCUCAGUUCUGUACCCCGUGUGAUGUCAACACCUUUUCAGAACGUGGUGCAGCCCAAUGCAAUCCCUGUGAUGCUGCAACUCUGUAUUCUCGGAAGGGAGCCAGUAAAUGCCUAGCCAGGCCUGUCUGUACAGAUAGAGAUUACUAUGAGACCCAGGCACCAUGUAACAGUGAACAGAAGACCUACACAGAGUACAAGUGGAUCUUGCCGCAGGUAUGUCGUGAAAAUGAUGAUGGAGCUGUCAGGCUGCCAUCUGAGGGGCCCCCUAGGGACUGUCCACCUUGUAACCCUGGACAUGAGUAUGUAAAUGGGGUCUGCCAGGUGUGUGGGGACAACAAGUACUCCGACGGCUCAGGCUUGUGUAAACUCUGUCCUGCAUCUACCUCUCCCACCUACGGCAUUGAAUACAAAUGGUGGAAUGAGAUGCCUGUCAACAUGUCCUCCGAAUGUAUCACAUUCACAGAGUCGGAGUGUGAGUCAGAGUCGCGGUGGAUGGUAGCAGGGGGCCAUGUCCACACUCACUACGGCCGUGGUGAUGAUGCUUACCUGAUACUACUCCUCAAAGUCGGAGGAUUCCGUACCAAUGGGGCCAGCAUGGACGGAGAGAUUGCUAGAAUCGAGUUUGUGUUUGAGACCAACUGUACCGGAAAAUGUGAAUUCAUCUUCUUGUCGGAUGAUACUGGUCACAGCACCAUUAUCAAUACAUGGGAGGGCAAUCAACAGAAAACCAAAUACAAAUAUUCUAUACACUCUGCCGAUCCCAUCACGUUCACCUGGGCAUUUGAACACUCGGACUGGACAAUUGAAGACACAGACCAGACCAGAGAGAAAUUUGUGAACGAUGUGGCAAAGAUCUACAGCAUCAAAGUAACCAACACAUUACAAGGUGGCGCCUCCGGCUGUCAGAAGUGUCCAAAAGGCCUGGCUCUGAAUGGACAGAGCGGCUGUGUACCCUGCCCUGCGGGACACUACAUCGACGUCAACGACACAUCAUGUAAGCCCUGUCCACCAAACACAGUCAUUCCUAAUGGUUACUCCUGGGGUCCGGAGUCCUGUGUGAAAUGUGGGGAUGGGCUGCGUGCUGUUGAAGGUCAGCGGUGUGAGACAGACUGUAUGUACCGUGACCAGGACGGACGGGAGUACGACUUCUCCUCACUCGCCGGGCCCAAGCUCAUCCAGGGUAGCCAUCUGUUCACUGGUACAGGGACCCAGUACUACCACGGCUUCAACAUCAGUCUGUGUGGCUCCCGGGACACUAUGGCCAUCUGUCGUAACAAUGUCAGCUCAUCAGACAGUAAGAGGUUGAAAAUUCAUCAGACCUCGGCAAUGGUGUGUAGAACUACACUGGUACCGGACCGUGAUAGUGGCACAGUGGUAUCAACCCAGCCAGUCAGUGUUGGAGACUCGCUUUACAAGAUCGUCAGUAACGUGUCGCUGACCGACAUGUACUUGAGGGAGGGAUACCAGAAGGAUGGAUCAGAGAAUGACAUCCAUUUUUACUUCAAAUCUGAAAAAUCAACUAUUGCCUGCGUGUCGGGUCGGAACACAAUUAUCUCCCUUCGAUGUGACCCGUCCGAGACCAAAGCUGGAACGUUAGAGAUGCCGCCCAAGUGUGCAGACGGGACGUGUGAUGGUUGUGACUUUCACUUCAUGUGGAGAACACAGUCUGCCUGUGCUGUGUGUCGCAAAGAGGACGCAGAGAAGAUCAUUGGAGAAUGUGAGGAUGGGGUACAACUUGUACACUUCACUCCACCUGCAAACUGUGUUUUGAAAUCCAAGCUUGAGACAGAAAAGCAGGCGUGUACAGUGAAGCUCUCCGCUCUCCCUUUUGCACUCCAGGUGGCCAUACCCAUCGCUGCCGCGUUCAGUCUACUGAUGCUCCUGGUUGUCAUGUACUGCUGGCAUAAAAACAGAGGUCUGGAGGUGAAGUACAUGAAACUGGCUGAGAACUCUGACCGUAACUACGACGGUGAACUGCCUGGGGUGGACUCCUGCGCCUUGGAGGAUGGAGAGGAUGACCAGUACGACUCUGUGACAUUCAAGGAAAGUCGUGGCGCCAGGUUCUUCAAGAAACUGCGUGGCAAGAGGGGAAAGACCGGUGAUGACUUCUUUUCUGUAAGUAGUGAUCCAACAGGUGGAUGGUAGCCAUGGUGACAGAUUUACUCUCAUCCUUGUAUCCCGGAGACGAUGAGAAUCCAUUUGAGCCAUCCAAUGGUGAAAAAAUCCCACUAACGUAACCAUGGAAACAGCUUGACAUGUCUGUAACCAUGGAAACAGCUAGACAUGUCUGUAACCAUGGAAACAGCUAGACAUGUCCAUAUUUGACAGAACGGGUCGGUGGACAUGAUGGGACCAAAUGACAUUUAGCAUUGAUUAACUGUUUAUAUUGAUUGUUAGUGGGCCGCUCCACAGAGGAGGUUUUCACAAAGGAUUUCUUACUAAUGAUGUUCCUGCAGGCCUGUUGUGAAAAACAAGGAAAAAUUUGAAAGGGUGGCUACUUUCCACAUCAGAAAACGGAGAGGAACGUAAAGGGAGACAAGUCAGAUAAAUGUCAGAUUAACUCAGUAAGCUUGACAUCUUAUGUGACAUUUGUGAUAAAAUUGUUUCUCCCUAAUCUUAAUGUCAUCUCAAAAUGCAUCAAUGUUGAUUGGUCCCAAAAAAUAUUUUUUUGUUUCUUUGUUUUUUUUCUUUCAAAUAGUUAUUAUUUCUGUUUUUCUUACAUGAGCUUGUUUGUUUGAUAAACUUUCGUAUCAGUUAAAUGGACAAUUAAAUAUUAAAAACAUGGGUGACCACUUUUUUUCAAAGUAGUAACCACUGCAGGUAAGGAACUAAAUAUUACUAAAUAUUUCCUGUUAUUAAGGGUUUUUUUCUGAUUCCAUUUUUUCUAUUUAAAUAAAACAGAAUGUAUCUUUAUAAUUUCCAUGUAGAUCUAUGUUAUAUCACAAAAUCUGAGUUUAAUGUUUUCAUUAUGACCUUGAGCAGUAACAAGUUUAUCCUCAGUAAGUUAACAAGUGAUAAUCUUUUUUUUUUUUGGGGG